AUGAGGAUGAUCAACUAUAAUUCUGCAUCGUACUUACAUUUUGAGGAAUUUGGUGGUCUAAUUGAAAAAAUGGCAAUAAAUCUAUGGAACUGGACAGUUGCAAAGCAAGCAGAUUGCACUGUAAGUGAUGAACAGAAGGCUAAAGCACGUCAUGUGGCUUGCAAGUUGUUAUCUAUGUGUGACAAUUCGAUGGCUACAGAAGACACUCUUCGAAGACAGAUUUACAUGGAAAUUAAAGCAGGGAAAGCCUGGAUAGAUACUGGAAAUGCUGUGAUGUCUGAUGAAUUUUUUGAAGCUGCCAUUGUAGAUCUGGAGCAGUUAUAUGCCAAAUUAGUUAACUGGAGCUACACUGAAGUCCAUACCAUCAUUCAAAAGUUUGCUGUAGAGAAGGACCUCUUCAAAGUCUAUUCUUACCAAGCAGAGUCAGCCUUUGCUCAAGGAAAUUUUCAGAGAGCAUCGACAUAUGCGUUGCGUUGUAAAGAUAUGCUGUAUAGGUUCCCCAAGUUGGUGAGUUCACUUCAUGUUCUGUGCUACAAUUUUGGAGUGGAAAUGAACAAACAAGGCAAAUUUCAAGAGAGUUCUUUCUGGCUUAGACAAAGCUUUGAUAUUGGGAAGAUGAAUAGAAGUCCUGCUAAAUCUGAAAUGAAUGCUAAAGUUCUACGUUUACUAGCUACCAAUUAUUUGGAAUGGGAUUACAGAGAACAUUUUGAUAAGGCUGUCACUGCUUUAGCCCUGGCAAAUAAGGAGCAUUUACAUCCAGCUGGGCUUUGCUUAAAGAUGAAACUCCUCCUGAAAGGCGAAGCACCUAAUGAAGAACUCCUUAAAGUUGUCAAGGAAAUACAGUGUAUUGACAUGCCUUUGGACAUGUGUGUGAAUGUUGCCAGACUGCUGAUGGAUCAUGACAGAGAAUCCAUUGGGUUUCACUUCCUGGAGAUUGUCUGUGAAAAAUUUAAAUCAUCAGAAAAUUCUGCAAGAGCUCUACUGUUCUACGCUGAUAUACUUUUAGAAAGGAAGGAAGAACUGCAAGCCACAGAGAAGAUUGAAGAAAUUGUCAUGGAUCACCAAGCAGGAAGGAAACUGCCAUUAGACUUAAUAACCAUAUUACAAGACAUUCUGUGGAAAAAAGCUGCCAGAAGUUUUGAGGCGCAAGAUUACGAAGAUGCCCUCCAUUGGUUUAAUUAUUCUCUGGAGAUUUAUGAAUCUGAUAAAACGGAUCUGGACGUGGCCAGACUGCAGAGAAACAUGGCUUCCUGUUACAUGCGGUUGAACCAAUAUGAAAAGGCCAACAGGGCGAUGAUGGAAGCUGAACUACACGAUCCUCAAAACAUUUCCACUCAGCUUCAUGUAUUCAAGGUUUCGGUUUUGGAGGGAGAUUGUGACAGAGCUUUUCUGGCAAUUGAGAAUUUAAAGUGCUUAUUAGCAGCAGAGACACCAGAUAAUGAUCUAGACCAAAAUGCAGGUAACUCGGCCCUGAGUUCAGCUGCCCAAUUUGCUCUUGAGCAUGGACAACAGUUUGUGGCAGUAAAGGCUUUGGAAUAUUUGGCCCACUAUUCAGAAGACCCACAACAAGUAAUUACAUCUUUAAAGUGUUUGUUUCGUAUUGUUGUUCCAUAUGUCUCUGAACUAUCAGAUCCUGAAGCUAAAAAGAAGGAAAUGGAUAGACUUUUGGCUUGCCUGAAUAGAGCACUUGUGAAGAUUGCUCAGUAUUUUCGUGAUGGAAUCUCAACUUUGAAUACAAGAAUCAAUGAAGCUCACUGGUUUCGGAAAAUAGCUUGGAAUUUAGCUGUGCAAACUGAUCUUGACUCAGUGACAAUGAGAGAAUUAUUCGUGCUUUCUUACAGGCUGUCCCUGUUUUGUCCUUCUGAUCAAGUAAUUCUGAUUGCACAGAAAACAUGUUUAGUGAUGGCAAUUUCACUUGAUCUAGAAGAAGGAAGACAAACUCCAGUAACUUCUGAACAGAUCAGAUUUUUGGCACGUGCAACUGAGCUGCUCGAUCCAUGCAGAAAAUCCUGGAAUCUCCUGAAACAAACAGGGGAUUUCUCAAAUGAUCCAUGUGAGACGUUGCUUCUGCUGUAUGAGUUUGAAAUUAAAACCAAAAUGAAUGACCCAUCACUGGACAGCUUCAUGGAAGUCCUGUGGGAGAUACCUAAUUUGGAAAGUAGAACAUAUGAAAUAAUUGCAUCCUUAGCGGUGGAAAAACCUGCGUUCUAUCCUUCCAUAGCAAUCAAGGCCUUGAAAAGGGCUUUCGCACUUCGCAAGAGGGAAGAAUCAGUUGAUGUUGUAAAAUACAGCACGUGUGUGCACAACUUGAUUCACCUCUUAGUGCCAGAGGGGACAACGAGACUUGAGUUCCUUCUCAUGGAAGAAAUUUGGAACUAUUUUGAAGACGCUCUGAGAAUUAUGAGCACUACUAGUGACUACCCGGAAGAGGAGGUUUUCUGGUUGAUGAACAAGUCCUGGAAAAUUGGGAUACGUAUGUUUAAAAAGAAGAAAUAUCUGAGUUCUGAGAAAUGGUGCACCCUGGCUAUGCGUUUUAUUGACCACCUUGGCUCCCUCAAGGAAAACCAUGAAGCUCAGAUGAAUGUAAUGUAUGCUGAGAUGAUGCAAGCAUUGGAGCAAAGGUCGGACACCAUUUUCAAUGAGCGAAUUGUAAAGAAGCAUGUUUUCAGUGAAGAGUAAGGACUACUGGAGCAAGCCAUGGGAGCAAGCAGGCUUGUCAGCUUCUUGACACUAGGUAGUAUUAAGAAGUUGAAUGUUUACAUUUUUGCCAGACUUUCUCUUUGAGUCUUUGUUUCCAUUUUUUUUCAGAUAUUAUUUUCAUGUUGUUAAUUUUCAAAAAUAAAAGCAUUUGGAGUUUGACUUCA